GGCAUUUACAUAAAGAAAUUUUGCAUAAUGUGUAUAAAAAUGUAUGCAGAGAGGGCGUAGGCUUCAGGAAAGUUGAUUACUUUCUUGCGAGUAGUCGAUGCGUCGAUGUGUUUCGCUUUUUUUGUGACUGUAAUAUGGUGCCGUCAGUAGUACAAGAAACAAGAGUGUUGUAUCAACAUUUAAAGUAAAUGAGUAGUUAUACAAGCGUUGGAUCAGACUUUUAAACCUGCGCUAUCAAUCUGAUUCUGAUUAGGAAUGCUGUGGUGUCUGCUGUUAGACGGAGGUAUUGGUUACCUGUUUGGUUGGCUAGGAAAAUGGCAGCCGUAUGUGUAUAAAUGAAGUGGAGUCGAUGAGACGGGACUACGGAUAUUGUUUCUUGCGAUGUCCCGGCUGGCUGAUUAUUUCGUAAUAGUUGGAUACGAUCACGAAAAAGAAAGAAGUGGAAUAAGUAGUGGUAUUAUUCUCCAGAGGUUUCCAGAGAAAGACUGGAGUGAUACACCAUUUAUUGAAGGCAUAGAAUGGUUUUGCCAGCCUCAGGGAUGGGCCUUGUCAACAGAGAGACAGGAACCAAAGUUCUUUGUUUCUGUACUUACAGACAUAGAUGCAAAUCGACAUUAUUGCGCUUGCCUUUGUUUCAACGAGACUGUUGCUAUUACUCCAAGCAAACCUGUAGACGAGGAAGAAGACACUGUGGAAGGGGAGAACGCCCAUCCAAGGGCCCUGACUGGCAGUCUGACACGCAGUAUACCGACUAUCACACACCAUAGCAUAAUGUAUGCCCCAAAAUGUUUGGUACUCGUGUCACGAUUGGACUACAUAGAAACUUUCAGAAGCUGCUUGGGAAUUAUUUACACUGUGUAUGUGGAGAACAUUGCAGUUCCUUUGGAGACCUUGGUGGGCAAUAUUUUAGGAUGCAUUCAAGUUCCACCCCCAGGAGGCCCACAAGUUCGAUUCAGCAUCGGAGCUGGUGAUCGCCAGGCUUUGCAACCUCCAAUCAGUCCUUCACUGCCUGUUACACACACAUCUGUUAAUUUGCUUUUUCAGCAACUGGGUAUCCGAAAUGUGCUUGUACUGUUCUGUGCUAUUAUGACUGAGCAUAAAAUACUGUUCCACUCGAAAAGUUACACUCGACUAACAGAAGCAUGCAGAGCAUUGACAGCACUGAUGUACCCAUUUCGCUACACCCACGUCUACAUUCCAUUGCUCCCAGCAGCACUCAUUGAAGUGCUGUCAACACCAACACCAUUUGUGAUGGGUGUACAUUCAUCGUUACGUAGUGAAGUAAUAGAGCUGAUGGAUGUGAUUGUGGCAGAUUUAGAUGGAGGCUCUAUUUUGGUACCUGAUGGUGUUUCAUUGCCAUUGUUACCAGAGCCACUACUGAGCCAGACAACUGAAGCGCUGGGACUCAUUUUGCAGCCAGAACUAUCAGCAGCUGACCUUGCUUUCCCACCACCCUCCCCCCGUACUCCUGCCCCUCCAGCAUUGCUUGACAAACAACUCCGUGCCGUGUUCAUGCGUACUUUCGCGGCCUUACUACAAGGUUAUCGUAGCUGCCUCACCAUCAUACGCAUUCAUCCAAAACCUGUUAUAACAUUCCAUAAGGCAGCUUUUUUAGGAGAAAGAUGUUUGAUGGAUUGUGAUUUCACAACUCGUGUGUUGGACUGCAUGUUCUUCACUGGAUUUGUGGCUGAACGUGGUCCACCUUGGAGGCCUUGCGAUGUGUGGGAUGAACUGUACAGCAGUCUUAGUGAAUUAUUUCGCCUGGAGGCUCAGGAUCAACGCCUAUUAAUUGCCCAUAUUCAGGAUUUAGCUCAGCAGCUAUUCAAUAAUGAAAACCCAAAUCCACAGCCAUAUGUGCAGAAGAUUCUUAAACCACCAGAAGGAGCUUUUGCCAGAAUUCAUCAACCGCCAUUGCCUGCCAUUGAUGCUUCUCAAGUUCAGGCAAUAAUUGAGGAGGGUCUUGCAAAGAACAACUUGAAGGCCAGCCAUGGAAGUGGGGCAGAUUUGUCAUGGUUAUCUUCCUUGAGGCCAGUACAGCCACGAAUUGUUCCAAUGGGGCCGCACAUAUCAAACAUCCAUGAUGCACGUCACAUUGUUGGUAACUCUGCAAGGAGACUGGAGGUUUUGCGCAACUGUAUAAACUGCAUAUUUGAGAACAAGAUAUCUGAUGCCCGUAAGACAUUCCCAGCUGUUUUGAGGGCACUAAAAUCCAAAGCUGCUCGUUUGGCAUUAUGCACUGAAUUGGCCCAACAUGUGAUGGGAAAUAAAGCAAUGCUUGAGCAUCAGCAAUUUGAUUUAGUUGUUCGCCUGAUGAAUUGUGCAUUGCAGGAUGACUCAGCAAUGGAUGAACAUGGAGUGGCAGCUGCACUCUUGCCUUUAGCUACAGCAUUCUGCCGAAAAUUGUGCACAGGAGUUAUCCAGUUCGCAUACACAUGUAUUCAGGAACAUGCGGUCUGGCAGAAUCAACAGUUUUGGGAGGCAGCAUUUUAUCAAGACGUUCAAAAGGAUAUUAAAGCUCUGUAUUUACCCCGCAUUGAAACAAGUCCACAGUCACGAUUAAGUUGUGAUGGUGUUCUGAGUCCUAUCAGCCCUCGGGAGAAUAAAGAAUUCUCAUGGAAGGACCGUAGAUCAGGAUUCAGUCGUGUUCAAGAGCCAUCUGCCCUGGAGAUUGCUGCGGAGCAAAUGAGAAUUUGGCCAACUCUGGAAACAGACAAGCAGGCUGAGUUAGUUAACAGUGAAGAAUCAACAUUGUAUAGUCAAGCCAUACAUUACGCAAAUCGAAUGGUGUACUUGUUGGUGCCAGUUGAUAGCAGUUGUCGGAACCACAAGCAGGACUCAGCAUAUGAUGAAGAGAGAGCAAGCAAUAGCAUAACAAACAGUGUGGCUGAAAGUGACAGUGCAGAUGCUGAGUCUGGUUUUGAAGAACAAGAUCCUGGUGAAAUGGGAUCAGCUGUGAUCCGUUUGGUGUCACGAUUUGUAGAUAAAGUGUGCACUGAAGGUGGUGUUAGUGCAGAACACAUCCGUAGCCUCCAUCAGAUGGUACCAGGUGUUGUUCACAUGCACAUAGAAACUCUAGAAGCUGUGCAUCGGGAAUCAAAGAGACUGCCACCUAUUCAGAAGCCCAAGAUCUUGACACCAAGCAUGCUACCUGGUGAAGAACCUGUAAUAGAUGGAAUCAGAGUGUACUUGCUACCUGAUGGUAGGGAAGAAGGAACAGGUGGGGCACUUGGUGGACCACCACUGCUGCCAGCAGAGGGUGCCAUAUUCCUAACAAACUAUCGCAUUAUAUUUAAAGGAAUCCCUUGUGAUCCAUUUGCUUGUGAGCAGAUCGUCACAAGGUCUUUCCCUGUGACUUCUUUGACAAAAGAGAAGCGUAUAACUGUUCAGUAUUUAGCACAUCUGGAUCAGUGGUUACAAGAAGGGCUGCAACUUAGAUCAUGUACUUUCCAGCUUGUCAAGGUUGCAUUUGAUGAGGAAGUGACACCUGAAAAUAUUGAAGCUUUUCGGAAGAUGGUGCAUAGGCUUCGUCACCCAGCUCACAUACUGCAUCAUUUUGCAUUUACUGGCCAAGUUGUUCCUCAAACACCAUUGCAUAAAGGAAAAGAGAAAAAUGCCACUCUGAAGGGUUUUGCAAAGAAAACAUUAUUGAAAACGGCGAGGAAAGCUGGAUUCAAGCCAAAGGCUUCAUCAAAACGGCAGAAAUAUGUAUUCCCUAACAUAAGUAAUAGUAGCAAAUACCUUACAUCACCUGGUCGUAUGAGUCUUCCAAUAACAGAUGCAGCUGACUUCGGUCAAGAUGAUGAUAUUUCAGUUACAGAUGAUUUUGAGGUUCCUGGACCAGGACUGGUUCCUCCAGCACCUACUGAUGCAAAAACACUUGAGCGACUGUCAGAAAGGAGUUAUGUAAGAGACUGGUAUAGACUUGGGCUUUGUAGCAGUACCACAGCAAAUAACAAUUCCAGGCAGAGCAGUGAACCUUUCAGAAUAAGCACAGUUAACAGCAGAUACACCAUGUGCAGAAGUUAUCCAGCACUUCUUGUGAUGCCAUCUGUUGUGUCAGAUGAUAGUAUCAGACGUUUCUGUCGUUGCUACCGAAGCAACAGACUGCCUUGUAUAACAUGGCGACAUCCUCGUACUAAGGCAUUGCUGCUUCGUGGCUCUAGUUACCAUGGAAAGGGUGUCAUGGGAAUGCUUAAAGGACAUCCCUCUUCAACAACAUCAUCCACAUCAGAAACAACUACAUCAUCUGUGGAACAUGAACGUUACAUAUCAGUUCUGGUGUCUGCUACCCCAAUAUCUGCCUUGCGUCAAGGUUCGGCAUGGGGCAUGUCGGACAGCAGCCUGAGUAUUGACUCUCUGCUUCUGGCUGCAGAAGAUCACCAUGGUGUAGGAGGAACACUUACACCAGAAGUGGCACGCCGUGGUGGACCAUUCAACAAAGCUGUUGGUACUCUUAGUGUCUUCCCCCGCUCAAGUGGUGGGAAAGGUCCAAAGAGUUUUGGACGCUGGGGUUCAUUGAAAGAUAGGAGGCACAGUUCCCAAGGUUCCCUGACAACGCUAUCUGUUGCUCACCAUCGUAGCAACCAAAGGCAUUCUGCAGAUUCUGAUUCUGGAACAGAGUGUGUGCACACUUUCCAGCGUGCAGUGUUGUAUAUAUUGGGUGAAAAGGCGCAAAUGAAGGGCACAAAAGCAGAAUCUGCUCCAAAAACAGACUUCAUACCUGUUGAAUAUUUUGAUGUUAGACAUACAAAAACUGCAUUCAAGAAGCUGAUGAGAGCAUGCAUUCCAAGCUCACCCAGUGCUGAACCAGAACAGACUUUCUACAAACUUAUAGAAUCUUCAGAAUGGUUGCUGCAGUUGCAGAAUAUAAUGCAGUUAGCUGGUGCUGUUGUUGAUCUCUUGGAUGUGCAGGGGUCAUCUGUUAUGAUUUGUUUGGAGGAUGGUUCAGACAUCACAGCUCAGGUAUCAUCAGUUGCUCAACUUUGCCUUGAUCCACAUUAUCGAACAAUAGAGGGCUUCAGAGUUCUUGUUGAGAAAGAAUGGCUUGCUUUUGGACACAGGUUCUGCCAUAGAAGCAACUUGUUAGCUAGUUCACAAGCUGGCGGAUUUGCACCCACAUUUUUGCAGUUCCUUGAUGUAGUGCACCAAAUACAGAAACAAUUUCCACUGGCCUUUGAAUUCAAUGAUUACUACCUGAGAUUUCUUGCAUACCACUCAGUUUCUUGUCGCUUUAGGACUUUCCUACUGGACUGUGAGUUAGAUCGUGUGGAAUGUGGUAUUGCAGCUGUUGAAGAUAAAAGGGGAUCACUUGCCUCUCACCAUAAAAGUGUUGAUACUGGUUCUGAUGAUGAGGGAAUUUAUCCAGGUGGACGGUUGGCAGGAAAUAACUCGGGUCCAAACUUGGGCCAGUCAAUAUUUGAUUACAUCGAGAAACAGCAUACAAGAUCACCUUUGUUCUAUAACUUUCUGUAUACACCAGAUUUGGAGCAUCCUGUUCUGCGGCCCCAAUCCUUCUUGCCAUGUCUAGAAGUAUGGCAAUAUUAUCUUGGAGAACAGCUUUCUCAUGGUCCAAGCUAUGAUUUGGAGGUUAUUCAGCUUGACUCUCAGCAAGAGGAGGAGGCUGAAGCUGCUGACGGAAUUAUCAACAAAUCAGCUCGUAAAGUUGUCACUAUGGGGUAUGAAGAUGUAGAAGUAAGUGUUCCAGAUGCAUUUUCUCAUUUGUUGGAGGAGAUACACAGGUUAGAAACAGAGCUUGGCCACUUACCACAGAAAUGGAGGGUUUUGUGGGAUAAACUUGAAUUACCAACAACUGACUCCCUCACGAGACAUGCAUCCUUCAGUACACAAUUGGUUCGUUACCAUGGCCGGUUACUACAUAAGCGUUCAACUCUAGAAAUACUUAUGCGUGGAAAGAUGGUGGGUGCCUCAGAGGCUGCACACGUUUAUUCUCAUCCGCACAGAUUUGAGCGGUACAACUAUACAACACCCACAUAUUGUGAUAUGUGCACAAAUGUUCUUUGGGGGCCUGUGAAGACAGGUAUGCGUUGUGUGGAUUGUGGAUAUAGCUGCCAUGAGAAGUGUGUUGAAAGUGUUCCUAAGAAUUGCACAAAGUACAAAGCUGUUGCGGAUGGUACAUUAACGUCGCAAACCUUAAGCAGGACUGGUGGAGACAGUGGUUCCGGGAGCUCAAGUGUAACCACUAUUCAGACAUCAAGUCAGCAGUACUACGAGCAGUUCUCCUCCAAUGUAGCAGAAAAUCGAACACAUGAGGGAUACUUGUAUAAACGUGGUGCUCUGUUAAAAGGAUGGAAACAGCGUUGGUUUGUUUUAGAUUCAAUUAAGCACCAACUGCGUUAUUAUGAUGCUAUGGAGGAUUCACACUGCAAGGGUUAUAUUGACUUGGCAGAAGUUGUCUCAGUAACACCUGCAGCUCCUACUCCUGGUCCGCCCAAGAAGACUGAUGACAAAUCAUUUUUUGAUUUGAGAACCAACCGAAGGACAUACAAUUUUUGUGCAAGUGAUGCAGCUACAGCACAAGAAUGGAUUGAAAAAAUUCAGGCCUGCCUUCAGUGAAACUCGAGCAAAUCUCACUAAACUUAACAUUUGCUGUGAUUUAAAUUGAUAUUACUGUUGUUCUGUUUUGCUUUUCUCAGAGCUUACGUUCUCGUGUGAGCUUACUUGUGCUCAUUUUUGUAUAUUUGAUGUAUUAUACUGUGAAUAAUGGCAUAAUUUUUCAGAAAACUUCAUAAAAUCCUAAAGAUAAUUGCAUACUGUUUAUUGUUAGAAUUAUGUUCAGCACUGAAAUACAGUUUUCUGCCGAUAAUUAGGAUGAACAAACUUUGUGUAGUGCACAAUAUGUGUAACAGCUCUAAAUGCAUGCAGAAACAAUAUGCAAGUAAUGUAUAACAUUGUGUUGUGACAUUGUGAUUUUAUUUGUUUUGCGAAAGCAAAAAGUUAGUUGCUAAAUGUGUGUGUAUAUCUUGAACCAGUUGUAGCUGCUUUUGACAAAAAAAAUAGUGGGGGACCAUAAAUGAAGAAUUCUGUUUGUCAGAUUUUAGAUUUUUUUAAAGUAUUUGUACAUACAAAGUAUGUUUUGUGAUAGCUUGAAAUCCAGCAGGAAUGCUUAUUAGAAUUUUAAAAUAAGAAAAUAAUGUUUAUUGAUAGUUGAAGCAAAAUUGUUUAUUUUACAGAGUAUGCAGUUGUGAAGAGUGAAUUUACAGUUGUGUUUCUUACAUUUAAGUAGCAUUGUAUAGGAAAGAAGUUGAAUUCAACUGCCAAAAGUGUGUGUGUGUGUGUGUGUGUGUGUGUGUGUGUGUGUGUCCAUGCGCAUAUCAGAUAUCUGUGAAAUAAAUGCUGCAUGUCUACCGGCAGUGGAUAGCAAUGUCGUGAUUAUUGUACUGUAGAUAACUGUGCACAAAGUAUAGUUUUUAUCUGAAACUAAUUCCUGUAAACAAUCAGUGGCAGUUUAGGAAAGGUCUAGUGAAUGCCACAUAGAGACCCUCAGUAGACUCUAGAGUUUACAGUGAAUAUGACUAAAGUGUUGUGUGUGACUCCUUGUGAGUUAUUGAAUGCUUCCUCUUUUGCUCUGAAGAGCAUUUUAAAAAAAAGACUGCCUUUACUCAGCAGUGGUGGAGAUUGUUAAAAAUUAUAUUAGCUCUGCUAGUAUUAGGUAUCUGGAUCAGUCAGUGCUCUUUUCAUCUAUUUUCUUUGAUAUGUUUAGAGAUG